CUAGCAAUCAUAAUACCAGUGGUGGUAGUCACUUUGAUAAUAGCAGUGCAGAUAAAGAUUAUAAUAAUUUUUGUCUAUUGUCUGAUAAAGAAGAGAAGAAAUAAGGCACAGUCAAUGAGACCAGUCACAAAUGGGGCUACUAGAUCUAUGCCAAUAGAUAGUGACAAUAUUCAAGAUGAUAAUCAACAUGUUGAGAUUUCAUCUCAUUAUAUUGAUCAGUUAUCAAGCCAUUUAAUAUCAGGGCUGAACCUCACAAUACAGGAGUCUGUGGGUCAAGGUGAAUUUGGUAUAGUGUAUCGUGGGCUGAUAUCGGUCAAAAAUGAUAUACCACAAGCUAUUGCUGCAAAAACUUUAAAAGGUUUUUACAGUAAGAGCGAUAUUGAUUCUCUACUGGACGAGUGCAUUAUAAUGAUGUCAUUUGAUAAUUUAAAUGUAUUACCACUGAUUGGUGUGUGUCUUGAUCUUGGACCAGGAAGUUUAUUGUCUUACCUCAAGAAAGAGAGAGCUAAUCUUACAGUAGCUGAUACCAGUGAAGAGGAUAUUGUACUGAAUGUCAGAAAACAGUUACUCUCCAUUUGUUUACAAGUUGCUAAUGGAAUGUGCUACUUAGCUUCACAGAGAUUUAUUCAUCGUGAUUUGGCUGCUAGAAACUGCAUGAUUGAUGAUAAUGGUAUCAUUAAAGUAGCUGAUUUCGGUUUAUCAGAAGAUAUAUAUGCUAAAAACUACUUCAGACAAUUUAAGAGAAACACCAAUGAAUCACCAUCCUUGACAACUGUUAAGCUACCAGUGAAAUGGAUGGCAAUAGAGAGUCUCCAUGAUGGACUGUUCUCUGAAAAAACUGAUGUGUGGUCUUAUGGUAUAUUGUGUUGGGAAGUGUUCAGUCUUGGUAGAGUACCUUAUCCUGGUCUAGAUCCAGUAGGAGUAGUUGAAUUUCUUGAUACUGGAGGAAGACUACUAGCUCCACGUGGUGAAGCCUGCUCAAAAGAAAUUUACUCACUGAUGACUUCAUGUUGGUCUGAGUCUCCUGAUGAUAGGCCAGUGUUCAGUGAUUUAGUAUCAUCAAUCAAUGCACUCAUUGAGCCAUUGGCUGGCUAUCUGGACUUUAAUGGGAUUAGUGAUAACUUUAAUAAUAGUAUAGAAGAUGAUGAUUAUGUAUGACACCAAUUUGUCCUGUUAAUAAUUAUUUUAGUAGUGUUUACAUGUGAUAGGUAAACUUCCUGAAUGAUGCUCACUCAAAAGAAUUGUUUAUAACAUGUCUUGUAUAAAGAUUUGUAUAAAUUAAAUUAUAAAAUAAAAUAAUAAAAUUAUUAUUCUUCCUGCCUUGCCAUAAUUUGGCAUUCUUUAUGAGACAGA